AAAGAAUCUACAGCUAAAGCAUAGAUAUCCAUGAGAUACACAAAAGUAUCUGCAAGUAUUUAAAGUUGUUGUUGCCAGAAUAAAAGUAUCUACAGCUAAACAAAGGCAGCUGAAGCAUCUGUAUCUAUGACAUGCAAAAGUAUCUGCAACAGAGCAAAUGUAUCUAUUGAUAUUUAUAUAGUAUCUAAAUCACACUAGAUACAAUUCAACGGAGAAUAUUUGCCAGCAUUGCGUUAGCUUAAUGCCUAGCGCUUGAGAACCAAUUGCCCAAGAGCCACAACAACAACAGCAGCAGCAGCAGCGACAAACGACAGCAAAUAGAUACGCAACAGCAACCACAACGCUUGCAACGAUGCUGACGAUGGAAGCGGACAUGAAGUGCGGCAUCCUGCCCGGCCAAAUGCCGCCGCUGCACGGGCAUGCACAUGCCGCAGCUGCGGCCACAUCAUACUCGGCAUUGGCGCCGCUGAUGAAUCUGGGCCCCUCCCAUCUCACCCACUCGCACCUCAGCCAGCACAACCACCAUCAUCACCAUCACCAUCAUAUGAGCGCCCACAUCGCGGCCAGCCAGAGUCCGAAUCCGCUCAGCUCGCUGCAGUCGAGCAUUGCCAAUACGCUGAACGGCGCCACGCAACAGCAGCAGCAGCAGCAGAGCUCGCCGCUGCACAGCUCCAGUGAGCUGAGUCCGACGCAGAGCAGCAUUGGCAGCCAUCACAUGACCUCACCCGUUAGCCAUCAUCAGCAGCAGCAACAGCAGCAGCAGCAGCAACAACAGCAACAGCAGCAGCAACACUCGCAGCAUCCGUCGCUGAUGGGCGCUGGCAGUGCUCUGAGCAGCAUGACCGCCGGCAGCAACAACAACAACAACAACAACAACAGCGCCACAGCGAACAAGAAUCAGCAGCACGCGGAUCGCGUGAAGCGGCCAAUGAAUGCGUUCAUGGUGUGGUCACGCGGCCAGCGUCGCAAAAUGGCCUCCGACAAUCCAAAGAUGCACAACUCAGAGAUAUCGAAGCGCCUGGGCGCCCAGUGGAAGGAUCUAUCGGAGGCGGAGAAGCGGCCCUUCAUCGAUGAGGCGAAACGUCUGCGCGCCGUCCACAUGAAGGAGCAUCCGGAUUACAAAUAUCGUCCGCGUCGCAAGACCAAAACCCUGACCAAAACCAAGGAGAAGUACCCAAUGGGCGGCGCUGGGCUGAUGCCCGGCCAGGGUCCGCCCGGCGGCCAGGUGGGCGAUAUGCCCGGCACACCGACACGCCUCGGCCAGCAGGUGGGCGGCGGCGUCGGUGGCAUGUCACAGAAUCAGACGAGCGGCGCAUCGGCAGCGGCUGCUGCGGCGGCUGCUGCUGCCGCGGCCGCCCAACAGGUGCGCCCGAACAUCCAUCAGAUGGGCGUGCCCAAUGGCUACAUGCCCAACGGCUAUAUGCAUCCGGAUCCUGCUGGCUAUCAGACGCACUACAUGAACUACGCGCCGCGCUACGAGAUGACGCACAUGUACAAUGGCUACGGCAUGUACGAUACGGUUGCUGGCGGCCAGACAUCGCCCUACGGCAGCAGCAGCCUGCAACAGCAGCAGCAGCAGCAGCCCGGAUCCCCGUCGCCGUACGGCAGCGCCGGACUGCAGCAGCCGAGCAAUGGUUCGCCGGCGCCGUAUGGUGCACAGAUAUCCUGCCAGAGUCACAGUCCCAGCGAUUCCAGCAUCAAGUCAGAGCCCGUUUCGCCCAGUCCCAGUGCGAUUGCACUGAACAACAACAACAACAAUAAUAAUAACAACAACAAUAAUAACAACAACAAUCACAUCAUGAAGCGGGAAUAUGUGACAUCGGCGACGGCAGCGGCGGCCGCAGCGGCGGCAGCAGCUGGCGCCGGCACCGAUCUCAACAAUCUGAUGAACAUGUAUCAUCUGCACGACGCGCCCGAGCAGCAGCGCCACCUGAUGCACUACCAGACGGCGUCGCCGGAGCUGCAGCAGCAGUCGAUGCAGCACGUGAUGCACCAGCACCAGCAGCAGCAGCAACAGCAGCAGCAAUUGGCCCAGCAGCAACAUCCGCAGCAACAACAUGCGCAACAGCAGCACCUGCAACAGCAGCAGCAGCAACACCAGCAACAUCAGCUGCAUCAGCAAUCGCUGCGCGCAAUGGCGCCGCUGGCACAUAUGUGAGAAAUGGCCAGCGCCUAUGGAGCAGCCGCCGUUGGGUCUGUGACGCCGCCGCCGCCAACCGUUGCUGGCGCGUAUAUGCCAGCAGGGGCCGUGCAAGCAGCAGCGGCAGCAGCAGCCGCACAGCAACAGCAGCAGCAGCAGCAACAGUUGCUGAAUGGCCGGCCAAGUCCGACGGCGUCGGGUUCGGGCUCGUCGGGCGGCCGCUCCUCGGCGCAUUCGAGUGGUCAUAUUGCCACAGCGCAUUCACCCGCCUUGGGGGCGGCUGCUGUUGCCGCUGCCGCCUAUCAGUUGUCCGCAACAACAACAGCAGCAGCAGCAGCAGCCACCACCUCCUCCUCCGCUGCCGCCGGCGGCGCCGCUGCCUCCUCCUCAGUCGCUGCAACUAGCUGCCAAGCGGCCAGUGCAUUCGCGGCCUCGGCCAGCAUGCUGGACAUGCAACAACAAUUGGAGGAGCAACAGCAGCAGCAGCAGCAGCACUACCUGCAGCAUCAGCAACAUCUGCAGCAACAGCAACAGCAGCAGCAGCAGCAUUUGCAGCAUCAUCAUCAGCAGCAGCAUCCGCAUCCGCAUCAGCAUCAGCUGUAUCAUUAUCAUGCCACGCAUCCGCAGCAGCUGCAUGAGGCGAGCGCUGGCUUGUUGGAUAUAUCCACAUUGUAAAUUAUUGAAAAUAUAUAUAUAUA